CUCAGCCUCUCACACACCCUCCCACUAACUAAAAUGCGCAGACUUGUUGCUAAAAUGAGCAUGGUGCGUGAUUCCCCCGCUUCUUACUUGCCCUGACUUCUUCUUCUUCUUACAAAAAAAGGAACCGUCUUUUCACUGAGCUACCUCUCUCCUUUACUCUCGCUCUCUCUCCCCCUGUUGCUUCCUUUUUUCCGGCGAGGUUCUCGGCUGAGAUUGUAAAAUUUUGUGUCUUUGGGAGAUUAUGCUGAGAUCAAUUGUUGACAAGAACCAAAUGUCUUCUGACAUAAGCUAAACUCUCUUCUUAUUACAAAUCUCUCUGUCUCUCUCUCUCUCUCUCUGCUUCCUUUUACACAAAGUCUUCUUCUUUUUUUUUUUUAUAAUUUCAAUUUCAUAUGGCAGCUCAAUACAACGGAUCUAGCAACUUCAAGUUCUGAUUCUCCAGUGUUCUAUCUGAGCCAAGGGUUGUUUAAAUUAGCUUCCUUUUUUUGUUGGGAUUGUUCUUGGUCCUGUUCAAAGUGAUUUGUUUGGGGAAAGGGAUGGGAAAGAGGCAAAUCUCACAGGAUGAAGUAGGUCCGCCGAUAAACCCAAGAGCUGGAUUGCGCAGGGAACAAGCUGGUCGAGGUUCUUACCGAGGAAGUUAGUCACUUUUGUUUCUUCUCAUCGUACUGGAAAAAAAGUUUCUUUUAACAAGAAAGUGUAGACAAGACAAGACUAGUUUUUUUGUUUUUUUUUUGUUUUUUGUUUUUUGGAAUUUACAAAAGAAUCAAGGGAGAGGGGUUUGUUGUGUUUUUUUAAGUUCCGGAGAGUUCUCAUCUCUGUCUCUCUUGAUUUGUCCUUCUUCUUGAGUCGGCCAUUUAGAGAAUGGGUUCUACUUCUACCUCUCAAGAGAUACUGAGGAGUCUUUGCUCCAACACGGACUGGAAGUAUGCUGUGUUCUGGAAACUUAAUCAACGUUCUCGAAUGGUGCUUACCAUGGGGGAUGCUUACUAUGACAACAAUCAUGGGCACAGUAACUCACCGGAAGUUCAGGGUUGCAGCGUUAUACCAAAAGAUAUGCAUGCAGGAGCACAUGACUCCCUGGGUUUAGCUGUGGCGAAGAUGGCUUAUCAUGUCUAUUCUCUAGGGGAAGGGAUUGUAGGACAAGUUGCGGUUUCUGGAGAGCACCAAUGGGUAUUCCCCGAAUAUAAUGGCAACUGCCACUCAGCAUCUGAGUUCCAUAACGUUUGGGAGAGUCAAAUAUAUGCUGGAGUAAAGACCAUUCUUGUAGUAGCUGUUGGUCCCUGUGGUGUUGUGCAGCUAGGCUCUUUGCUUAAAGUUGAUGAAGAUGUGACAUUGGUGAAUCAUAUCCGACAUAUGUUUUUGGCGCUCAAGGAUCCAAUGGCAGAUCAUGCAGCAAGUUUAAUGCAAUGUAAUAUGAACAAUUCCUUGUGUCUGCCAAAUAUACCAUCUGAAGGUUUACAUGUUGAGUCUUACCCUAACUGCUCUGGAGAAGUUGGCAAAGCUAUUGAUGUGAAAGAGUUAACUCAAUAUAAACUUAUAAGAAGUGAUAGCAUGCCUUAUAAUACUCCUCCUUCAUGUCUUCUCGCGGAGAAGGCAGCCCAAGUUGUACAGGGAUCUUCUUGUGGGAGCUAUAGCAGUGUCACGUUUGGCUUUCCAAUUGAUUUGGUUGAUGCCACUAGACAUGAGAAUCAAGUAGGUACAAAUAUAGUCAGCGGUGCACCUCAUGUGGGGAUGACUAGUGGAUGCAAAGAUCCUAAUCUACAUGAGCAUGUGAUGAAGAAUCAGGUGCUCAACAACAAUACAAGCUCAUCUGCUUUAGCAACUGAGGCUGAAAGAUUGAUAUCAGGCCAAUCAUAUACAUGCCUGGACUCAAGUUCUUACCAAAAUGAAGUGUUCCAACUGGAGGGGAAAUGCGAGUCAAGUCGUCGAUUGGAUGCUUUGAUCUCAUCUGGGUAUCCAUUUGCUGGCAGCGAGCUUCUAGAGGCAUUAGGCUCUGGUUUCAAGCAAACGAGCAGGGGUGGUCAUGAGGAGUUAGUGAAGUCUGAACAUGCUUCAACAACAGGACCAACGUGUGAUAUGAGUCAUAGCCAGCUUACAUUUGACCCUGGCCCUGAGAAUCUUCUAGAUGCUGUGGUUGCUAAUGUGUGUCAUAGCGAUGGCAAUGCCAGGGAUGAUAUCUUAUCCAGCAGAUCGGUGCAUUCAUUGCUUACCAGCAUGGCAGAGCCUUCAGGUCAAAAGAUGCAUAGUGUUGCUAUGAUGAAACAGCUGCCACUAGCAGAGGUGGUGGAUACUCAACAGAAUCCGUCAGAUAUCUGUGGAGCGUUUUCUUCGAUUGGUUUCUCAUCCACGUGUCCCAGCUCAUCUAGUGAUCAGUUUCAGACAUCACUGGAGAUGCCCAAGAAGAUCAAAAAGAGGGCUAAGCCUGGCGAAAGUUCUCGGCCUCGACCAAGAGACAGGCAACUCAUUCAGGAUCGAAUCAAGGAACUUAGAGAACUUGUGCCUAAUGGAUCUAAGUGCAGUAUUGAUUCUUUGCUAGAACGCACGAUCAAGCACAUGCUGUUUUUGCAGAAUGUUACUAAGCAUGCUGACAAGCUGAGUAAGAGUGCUAGUGCAAAGAUGCAACAAAAGGAAAGUGGCACACAAGGUUCAAGCUGUGCAGUGGAGGUUGGAGGCCAUCUUCAAGUGUGCUCGAUUAUCGUUGAGAAUCUGAACAAGCAAGGGAUGGUGCUUAUCGAGAUGUUAUGUGAAGAAUGUAGCCAUUUUCUGGAGAUAGCAAAUGUGAUAAGGAGCUUGGACCUCAUCAUUCUAAGAGGCGUCACAGAGGCUCAGGGCGAGAAAACAUGGAUAUGCUUUGUAGUUGAGAGCCAAAACAACAAAGUAAUGCAGAGGAUGGACAUCUUGUGGUCUCUGGUGCAAAUCUUUCAGCCAAAGGCCAAUGUCAAGAACUAGCAGCAACGUUGGUUGCAAAGACUUUGGGUUUUAGAGGAGGAAAACAGAACUUGCUGUGUGCUUGUACAGUGUUGUUUUUGUUUGGUCUUUGGGGUUUUAGGUAUAAUUUUUUUUUUUACGAGUGUGCAUGGUUUGAGUUCUCAGUGUGUUUAUGAAUUGCAUGUUUGCUUUGGAGUUUAGACUCUUUAUAAAUACAGUAAAAUGUUUAUAAAUUAAAACCAGUUAAUUGUUUUCC